UAGAGCCAAAUCCAAAAGGAAGGUCUCUCUCUCUCUCUCUCUCUCUCUCUCUCUCUGUUUGUGUGUGUGUGUUCUUUGAGUUCAGACAUGGAGAGAGGCCCAAACUAUGGAGCUUGGGGACUCUUAUACAUGUUCUUGUUGAUGAUGGCAAGCUGGGUUAGUUCAGAUAUAGCCAAAGAUAGGGAAGAGUGUGCAAAUCAAUUGGUGGGUUUGGCUACUUGUUUACCUUAUGUGAGUGGAACAGCCAAGGUACCUACUCUAGACUGUUGUACUGGUCUCAAACAAGUUCUAGACAAGAACAAGAAGUGUCUCUGCAUUCUCAUUAAAGAUAGAAAUGAUCCCUCACUUGGUAUCAAGAUCAAUGCAACACUUGCACUUAGCCUUCCUGAUACUUGCCAUGCACCAGCUAAUGUUUCUAAGUGCCCAGAACUUCUACAUAUGUCUCCAAGCUCACCAGAUGCAAAAAUUUUUGAGCAGUUUGCAAACAGUAGUAAAGGGAGUGACACAGUUGCCAGUGUGAUAGGGAAUAACUCCACCAGUUCCAACACUAGUGGAUAUGGUGGGAGUGGAGAGAGGAGAAUGGUAGUGGAGAUGCUGAGUGGAGUUUGGCUAUGGUGUUUGAGUUUGGCUUUGUUCUUUAUCAUUGAUGUUUGGAAAUAGAAAGGUUCUCAUAUGCCAUUCAAUCAUAAAUUGGAUUCCUUUUCCUCCAA